GUUGUUGGGGAAGAGAAGCUGAAGCUCAGGGCUCGGGCCACCGCUGAGCUCUGCCACUUGUGACUGACUGCAAUUCAACAGUCCUACUUACCAUCGUUUUUACGGAUUACAACAGAACACAUAGAACCGGCUCCGUCGCCCUGGAUACCCGCCAGUUACGCUCAGGGUUUUCUCGGUUGAGUGCGAGCCGCGGCCGCCGUUGGAUAAAAAGACUGGAUGUGGAUUUAGCCACCGCUUUUGCUCCACAGGCCGCGCCGCCAUUGCUACUUUUGUACGAGCGGAAUUCGUGAAAACCCCGUGUAGUUAACCAGCUGGACUGGAGGACUGAGAACCUUCACAGACCUACUGGGGUUUACAGUUUCAAGAUGAAGAAAAAAGGUAGGAAUCACCGUCCAUCUGUGCUGAAGAGGGAGUCAUCUCCGAUCAAGCCAUCACCAAACCGGGAAACACUGACUUAUGCGCAAGCUCAGCGGAUCGUUGAGCUGGAGGUCGACGGCCGCGUACACCGGCUUAGUAUCUAUGACAAGCUUGAUGUUAUCACUGAUGAUGACCCCGCUGCUCAGGAAAUCAUUGAGUGUAACAGCAACAAGGAGAAUAAUGAGAAGCCCCAGCAGGUCCUGGUGCGCUCCAUGCGUCUCAAAAACAACCAGCAGAAGAAAAUUGCAGCUCUCACGGCCUCUCAUGGCACUAGUGGCACACAGAGCAGUGUCAGCAGCCUGUUAGAGCCAAAGGUUAGAACUGUUGAAUACAAUCUGCCUGUGGUGCCGAAAAGGCCAGCAGCAUAUUACAAGUACACGGAGAGGACGGCUGAGGAGCUGGACGAGGAAGUGGAGUAUGACAUGGAUGAGGAAGACUAUGCCUGGCUGGAGCUCGUCAACGAGAAGAGGAAGAGUGAGGGGAUCAGCCAGGUGUCACACAACCUCUUUGAGUUCUUGAUGGACCGCUUUGAGAAGGAGUCCUUCUUGGUCACACAGGGUCUAAGUGAUCUGCAGCCUCCUGUGGACGAGGAUGCUGUUUGCUGCAUCUGCAUGGAUGGAGAUGGUGCAGACAGCAAUGUUAUUCUCUUCUGUGACUCCUGCAACAUCGCUGUGCAUCAGGAGUGCUAUGGGGUUCCAUACAUCCCAGAGGGUCAGUGGCUGUGUCGCCACUGCCUGCAGUGUCCUUCACGGCCUGCAGAGUGUGUUUUCUGCCCCAACCAAGGUGGAGCCCUGAAAAAGACAGAUGACGACCGCUGGGGCCACGUGGCAUGUGCUCUGUGGGUCCCAGAGGUCGGCUUCUCAGACACGGUUUUCAUCGAGCCCAUCGAUGGUGUCCGCAACAUCCCACCUGCGCGUUGGAAGCUGACCUGCUACCUGUGUAAGGAGAAGGGUGCAGGAGCAUGCAUCCAGUGUGACAAGAUCAACUGUUACACUGCCUUCCAUGUCAGCUGUGCCCAGAAGGCUGGCCUCUACAUGAAGAUGGAGCCUGUCAAAGAGGUGAUGGCAUCUGGUGCCACCACAUUCUCUGUGAAAAAAACGGCUUAUUGCUGCAGCCACACACCCGAAGGCUGCAACCGCCGCCCUGUCAACGUCUAUGAGAAGUUGCAUUCAAAAAAUGGAGCCUGUCACAAGAGGGCUGAGAAAAGGGGUAAUUCCAGAGCCAAAGGUUGGCACAAGAAAAAAAGUAAGAGGGCGGAACCCGAAGCGCAACCACAGCCUGAGACCACCACCAACACUGGUCCAAGUAUUACCUCCUCAAGUUUCGACACUAUAUUGAACCAAGUGGCAGUUCAGAGGAAACGUCAGUUUGUUGAACGGUUACUGAGCUACUGGAUUUUGAAGAGACAGUCGAGGAACAACGUGCCACUGAUCCGCCGGCUGCAGGCCAACAUUCAGCCACCUAAAGUCAAGCAACCGGACCGUAUGGAAAUGAACCAGCUGCUAAAGGAACAACUGAAAGAGUGGCACCGCCUCCGGCACGACCUGGAGCGAACUCGCCUGCUGCUAGAGCUCAUCAGGAAGAGAGAGAAGCUCAAGAGGGAAGAGAUAAAGCUGCAACAAUCGGUGCUGGAGGUCCAGCUGACCCCCUUCAACAUUCUGCUGAGAGCUGUGCUCAGCCAACUGCAGGAGAAGGACCAGUGCAGCAUCUUCGCUCAGCCCGUCAGCCUCAAAGAGGUUCCGGACUACCUGGAUCACAUCAAAAACCCCAUGGACUUUUCCACCAUGAGAAAACGCAUCGAUACUCAUGACUAUAGAAGCCUAGAGGAGUUUGAGGAGGACUUCAACCUCAUCAUCAACAACUGCAUGAAAUACAAUGCCAAGGACACCUUUUUCUUCAAGGCAGCUCAGCGGAUGCAGGAUCAUGGAGGAGUCAUCCUCCGUAGGGCUCGCAGAGAGACUGAGCGAAUCGGCUUUGAUUUCCCCAGCUGCUUGCAUCUGCCUGAAGCCCCAAAUCUAGAAGCCCCACUCCCCUUUUCCUGGGAGGAUGUUGACCGCCUGCUAAUCCCCACCUACCGUCAGCAAACCCCGCUGGAAGUUCAGCUGAAGGAACUGCUGGAGAAGCUGGACAUGAGCACAGCCAUGAAGCACAGUCCAUCCCGCAGCAAGAGGCUCAAACUUCUCAAGAAGAUCAUCAUGGAGGUACGUAGUGAGAUAAGCCUUAAGAAGUCCCUUCCACUACCACCAUUUGCUGCCCCAGAGCCUGGACUGACUCCCACCAAGACUGAUGAGAAACCACUACCUGAACUUCCAGCAGAAACUUGUGUGCAACAGGAAGAGGAAUCUUUAUCUCCGCCAAUGUUAGAGCUAUUGACCUCACCAUCACAGCUUGACACCUCAUCCAGUGACUUGGAGCGGGCCCAUUUCCAGCCAGCGACAGCCAGCAUAGACCAGACUCCCAUGGAGUCUGACAGUAACACGUCUACCUCACCACACCCAGAUAUCCCCAAUGGGCACACCCCAGGCCCACCACUCCCUAAUGGUGUCAUCAACGCAAGAGCCCCUGAUACCUGCAACAGACGGACCGAUUUACUAUUCCAUAAGUCCAAGAGUGCCAGCUUGCAGAAACCAUCCAAGGCCCAGGAGGCAUCCUCUGUUCCGCCUCCAUCCCUGGGCGCUAAAACCUUCCUGUCUGUAGUGAUACCUCGACUGGAGACACUCCUAUUGCCGAAGAAAAGACGACGCAGCAGCAGUGCUGAUGGAGAGGAGGAAGACGAGGAGUCGCCAAUUAAACGCCUCGGCACAGGAAUCGCUAAUGGUUUUGUGGUCGAGGAGGAGGAAAUCUCACCGUCUCCUCGCCUGGUGGAACCUCGCCGUCGCUGUGCAUCCGAAUCGAGCAUCUCUUCCAGUGGGAGUGUCUUCUGCAGCACAAGAGAAACUCUGAAGACGGAGGGGGAGGGAGGAGGACUACGAGUGAAAGAAAUGUGUCAGAUCAAGUCGUCUUUCAACUCGAAGGUUGUGGGUUCGAUUCCCGGCUUUACUAGUCUACAUGCUUGGGCCAGUCCUUGGGCAAGACACUUAACCCCAUGUUGCUGCUCACGGCUGUGCACCAUCAUUGUAUCUAAAGGCGGGAAAGGGCGGCUGGUGGCGACUCGAAGGAGCACUGUGGAUGACAAAAGCAAUCUCAUGGCCUGCGUGGAUAACGGGGAGUUCACCAAAGCUGCUAAGAUCUCUCCAGAGGUGUGGAAACCCACCGCUGCUUCUCCAUUUGUUCUGGAGCCUCUUAAAGUAGUUUGGGCUAAAUGUAGUGGAUAUCCCUCCUUCCCCGCCCUGAUCAUGGAGCCCAGAGUGCGGAGGACAGUGUGCCGGCACAACGGGGCGGAGCUUCCACGUCCACCACUGGACGUUCUCAAAGCCGGAGAGCGGAUGCAGUUCAGGUCCGCAGAGAAACUCUUCCUCGUCCACUUCUUCGACAGCAAGCGCAGCUGGCAAUGGCUUCCUAGAUCCAAGAUGGCUCCUUUCGGGAUCAGCCAGACACUUGACCGGAUCAAGCUGACGGAGGCUCGCUCCCCCCACACCCAAAAAGCUGUGCAGUUUGCCUUUAACAAAGCCAUGAAGCACCUGAACUGCAGCAGCGGUGAGCCGGAGCCCGGCACCACUCAUACCAUCGCAGACUGAAAAAGGAGAUAAAUAAACACAGCCGCUGCGGAAAUGCUGUGUUUCUGUGUCAUACGCAACACCUGCACAAAUAUACGCACAAACAAUACACUUGACAUGUUGAAUAGAUAGAUUUGAACACCUCCCUGCACAUCUGUCCCCUCCUGUCUGAAAUACUGUAGCUUAUGGCGGCUAACUAGUUUUGUAAAAGCUAUGCAAUGGAUACGACUCGGUUAGCGGGUGCAAAAAGUUGAAAAAAAAACAACAACACUAGCUGUGAGGACAGAAAAUUCAACCUGAUGAAUGUGUGGGAGUUUGAACUCCUUUAAUGUGCUGCAAGACUGCUGCAACAAUCUCACUGCCAUCACCCUGUGUGUGUGUGUCUACGUGUUUUUAUAUCUUUGUGAGGUCCAAAAACCUUUAGAACCUAUUUUAGUGGGGACUUUUUGUCUGGACCACAAUUUUAAAGGGCUUUUUCAGGGCAAAGACCUGGUUUUAGGGUAAGGGUUUAGGUGAGAGGCUCGGAAUUCAUUCUGUCAAUGACAUGUCCUCGCUAAGAUAUAAAAACAAGCCUGCGUGUGCGUGUGUGUGUGUGCGUGUGUGUGUGUGUGAUAGCAGCAGCUCCUGUAAAUAUCCUCUACAAUGUCUGACACUAAUUUAUUUCCUCCCUCAGUUCCGGUACGUUGUGUUCACGUGUUGUGUUCCAUGUUUCUGCUGGUGCUAUCUCAACAGAGAGAAAAACAAAACAAUCAUUCAUACUGUAUUAAAAUGUUUUAUUUCACUUUUGUAACUUAUUGGAUUCUCAAGCUUCACUCUGUCCUGUCUUUGGCAUUACUUUUUUUUUUACUUGUGUUUUAAUCGGACAUUUUCUUCAUUAUUUUUUAUUUUGUACAUAUUUAUAUAAAAAUUAUACAGAAGCGCUCACAGUUAAAAUUGCCUGAAGUGCAUCAUUCAACCAAAAAAGCAGUUUUCUAUGUUUCCCACUAACAUGUUUUUGAAUCCAGGUUCAGGUUUUCAGGCGUGUUGUUUGUGUGCUGUGACGAGUUCAGUCACAUGAUCGUCUUUUCCAUCUGGAGUGAUCUACAGUCAGCGUAUGUGCCUGUACUCGUUUAUUGUAAAGCAGUAAAUGUAUAAUGCAUUACUUUAUUAUAGAGUAUUGUAUUCAAAUACUAUGGGCACACUGAGAGCCACAUGUGGAGGCCCCUGCUCUUCCACUGGUGUGUGUGUGUGUGUGUGUAUUUUAUUUUAGGAUUAAUAGCAUUAAAUCUGACUGGUGAGGUGAUAGUGUUUGGUGUUUUAUUUUGGCGGUGCAGUGGCAGGAAGACCUUUGCAUUGGCUCCUCUGGAUGUGGAUGUUUGGUGUAAAUAGAUUUGGUACUUUAGCUGAUUCUCUGGGAUAAACCACAGUUACAGCCAAUGGGAGCAGAAACCAGCCGACAGCAGGCCGGUGGGAUUUUAUACUAAAAUACUGAAAUUAAAAUACGUUAUUGAAUCACUGA